AUGAUCAUCGACUUAUUCUGCACCGCCGUAUUAGACAUCACCGGCGAUUUCACCUUCCCGGUUUACUACUUCUUCACCUCCGGAGCUGCCUGUCUCGCCUCUUGCUUCUAUCUCCCGAUCAUCCACGAAACAACCGUUGGCAAAAACCUCAGAGACGUUGAAACACUCCAUAUCCCCGGCGUUCUUCCUAUCAAGGGCUCCGACAUGCCUACGGUGGUGCUCGAACGUGACGAUGAGGUCUGCGAUGCUUUUAUAAUGUUCUGUAAACAGCUCUCGAAGUCUUCAGGCAUCCUCAUCAACACGUAUGAUGCUUUAGAGAACAGAGCAAUCAAGGCAAUAACAGAGGAGCUAUGUUUUCGCAAUAUUUAUCCUAUUGGACCGCUUAUUGUUCAAGGAAGAACCGGAGAUAAAAACGGAGACAACGCAGAUUCUUGUCUGAGUUGGCUCGACUCGCAGCCGGAACAAAGUGUCGUGUUCCUCUGUUUCGGAAGCUUGGGUUUGUUCUCAGAGGAACAGUUGAAAGAGAUUGCUAUUGGUUUAGAGAAGAGUGAGCAGAGGUUCUUGUGGGUGGUCCGUAAUCCACCGGAGUUACAAAACCAAACAGAACCGGACUUAAAAUCUCUCUUACCGGACGGAUUCUUAGACCGGACCGGAAACAGAGGAAUGGUCGUCAAAUCAUGGGCUCCACAAGUUCCGGUUCUAAAACACAAGGCCAUCGAUGGAUUCGUAACUCAUUGUGGCUGGAAUUCCAUUCUAGAAUCCAUUUGCGCCGGCGUACCGAUGGUUGCUUGGCCGUUGUACGCCGAACAGAGGUUUAACAGAGUGGUGAUAGUGGAGGAGAUCAAGAUUGCGAUUCCGAUGAAUGAAUCGGAGACGGGUUUCGUGAGCUCGACGGAAGUGGAGAAACGAGUCCGUGAGAUAAUGCAGGAAAGUCCGGUUACGGAGAGAACCAAGGCGAUGAAGAACGCGGCCGAAUCAGCCUUGUCGGAAACCGGUUCGUCUCAUACCGCGUUUAUUGAGUUACUCCAGUCAUGGAGCUCAAAGUGA